CCGAUGCUGUUGAUGCUCGAUCCAAUGAUGCAAUGGAUGCUGGAGCCGAAACUUCAGCAAGAUUGCAAGCUUCUGCACAAGCCAGGAGUUCAGAUAAUCUCUCUGAUUGCUAUAAGAUGAAUCAUGAGAAAAGAGGUAUGGCAGUGAUUAUAAAUAAUAGAAACUUCCACCCUUCCACAAGGAUGGGAGAGAGGAAUGGAACCGAUGUCGAUGCAGAAGCCAUGUAUAGACUGUUGGACGUGCUGGGGUUUGAGGUGAUUGACAAGCAUGAUAACAAGACAGCAGCACAGAUGAGGGAUAUACUCUGUAAAGCAUCAAAGGUUGAUCAUACAGACAGUGACUGCUUUGUCUGUGUAAUACUUUCCCAUGGUGAGGAAGGUCAUAUUUAUGGCACCGACCAGCCUAUUGCCAUUGAUGAACUUGUACGACCUUUCAAGGGACACAACUGUUCAAGUUUGGCUGGCAAACCCAAGUUAUUUUUCAUACAGGCUUGUAGAGGUUCAGAACUUGACCAUGGUGUGACAGUGGCAGAUGCUGCCGGUGAAGAUGACGUGGAAAUACGCCGCAUCCCAACUGAGGCUGACUUCCUGAUGGCAUAUUCUGUAGUUCCAGGUUUCUAUUCUUGGAGGAACUCUGCUAAAGGUUCAUGGUUCAUUCAAGCUUUGUUUGAUGUGUUCACAAAAAACUGGAAGACAUUGGAUGUGUUGACUAUGAUGACUAGGGUCAACAAAAAAGUAGCCUACAACUUUGAGUCACAGUCAAGCACAGAAGGCUGGAGCAAGAAGAAGCAGAUUCCAUGUGUGACAUCAAUGCUGACUAAAGAUGUCUACUUUAAAAAGUAA